AACAGUACAAAUAUUGAUGUUUCUGUCAAAACUAUAAGUUCAAUCACAGAGAAGGAGAAAUUCACUUUCUCUAUGACUUCAAUAUGAUCAAACGUAUUGAUUUUUCAGUUAUCAAAGUUACAGGAGAAGAUGACAACUUUCCCGCUGCAGAAUUAAAUAAUCAACGACCUAUUGCUAAAGGAUGGAUGUCUCCGAAGUUUUGCUCAUAUCCUCAAGUUAUUGUUAUUCGUCUUGAAACAAGAGCAAGAUUAUGCAAGUUUCAAGUUCUUUCGCAUCCAUUUUCCAUAUCAUCUAAAUUAGAGUUGCAUGUUGGUGAUGUACAAAAAGGAUUGCCAGAGGUACUACAGAAUGUCUCUUGGGAAAAACAAGGGGAUAUUGCUUUUUCUGAAAACUACAACACAGAUUAUAAGGCUCGCGAAUUGAGAUCGGCACGUCUGGAUAUAAUUGCAAAGUUUGCAAAAUUAAUAAUGCAUCAAAAUUAUAUAAAUAAACUCAACCUCUGCAAUCAGGUUGGAAUCAUAGCAGUUAAUUUUUUAGGAGAACCUAUAUUAGAAGGUGGAUCAAUAAAAACUAAAUAUCUGACUGAUGAUGUUGGGUUUAAUAAUCGAGUUAAAAAUGUUACUCAGUUAGAAGAAUUGCCCUUUAAUAUGUAUGUGGAUGUUGAAAUUGCCCAAUUAAUCAAAGCUUUAGACCGAAAAAAGCAUAAAGCAAUUUCAGAUGACAGAUUUGUAUAUGCAAAGAAAUUAAAAUAUGCUCAGAACCAGCUUAUGAAGGUUGGUGAAAAAUUGGGAAAAUUAGAUAUUGAAAAGGAGUUAGCAGUUGAAGAUGAAGAUUAUGAUCGUGCUCAUUUGAAAAAGGAAGAAAUUGAAAAAAUACGACUUGAUACUUAUAAAAGGCUCAAUAUUACUGCUUUGAUGGAAAUGGAUGGAAAAAUAAUUAAGCAAAAUGAUGAAGAAAAUGGCCAAGUUCCUUAUACUGAAAAUGGUCAUUCAUCUAAACAUGGGAAGUCAAGCAGUUCUUCAAAACCACCUAGUGAGAUGCUUGUGCCAAUGGUAGGAAAUUUUUUGGAUCAUGAUGAAAAUGUAGUACCUGCAUUAACAAAGGGAGUGAAAAAGCAACCCUCAGUAUUCCCUGGUAGCGAUGUAGAAACUGGCAAUGAUUUGGUUUUAGGGAAAUUGACAGAAAAAGAAAGAAGAGAAGCAUCAUUACCCAUUGAAGUCUUUGGACAGCCUUUGGUUGAAAAAAUGUAUUCCAAAUCAUUCGAUCGAAGAGAGGAAGCUAUGAAAGAAUUGCAAAGUUUUUUAGAAAAAUACCAGAAAAAAGGACACCAACAUUCACCAAAUGAUGUUGUGAAAGCUGCCUCUUUUCUUAUACAAAAAGCUUUAUGUGAUAAAGUAUUUUCUAUAUAUACAGCUGCAUUAAGUAUUUUAGCGAUGUGUUUUAAGUCAUUUAUUCCAAAACACCAAGUGUCUAAAAUAGAAGCCACAUCUUUGGUUGAGAAAAGUAUGCCAGAAAUCAUUAACAAAUUAGGGGAUACGGCACCAAGAUUGAAAAAUGCAUCCUUGCAGUACUUAACAAAUGACUUACCUUAUUCUGAAUUAGAGAAUUUACAAAUAAUCCCAGUGUAUGUUCUGAGUCCACUGCAGAAUGUGUUAAAUGUCCGGUUAGCUCAAAGUCGUUGUGAACUUUUGGAUAAACUGGUGAAAAUGUAUCCACCGUCAUCACACAGUAUUUUGAGCUUGUCCAAAAUAAUGCCUUUCUUGGUGGAUGCUCUUCAACACCCAGCAUCUUCUGUUAGAGGGGCUGUGGAACGUAUCAUCUUAUAUCUUUAUGAGCAAGAAGGGCCAAAAGUUAGAAAGCAUAUUCCAUUUGACUCUGCUGCCUCAAAGAGAAACAUAAUGCACAGAAGACUCUUGCAAGCUUUUGAUAAAAUUGACAAGCAAAAAUCGGGCAUCAAAGAGAAACCAACUCAAGAUGCUUUAGUAAAUACUUCAAAUCAAGGUUUAGCUCCACCAGUGAAACAGUUACCAAUUGAUGAACUGUCAUUAAUGAAAACAUGUAUAUUCUGUGAAGAAAAGAAUGAUAAGUUCACUUCUGAAGGACUGGAUGAACAUUAUGACAAAGAAUGUCCCAUGCUGAUUCGUUGUUCCAAUUGUAAGCAGAUUGUGGAGAUUGCUAGUUUGACUGAGCAUCUCCUUGAAGAAUGUGAAUCAAGAAGUCAGUACAAGCAGUGCCCUCUUUGCUUGGAAGCAAUUCCAUCUCUCAAUUAUGAUAACCACAUAAAAAUCAGAAUGUGUACAAUGGCCAAAUCUGGCAGUGAAGCAAACCACUGUCCACUUUGCCAUAAAAAUAUUGAUCCAGGUGAGCAAGGAUGGAGAAGUCAUUUGAUGGGGGAAAGUGCUUGCGACUUCAAUCCCAGACGAAAAGAUAAAAAAAAUUCUAAGAAACGUAUCUUAAAGAAGAAAGGAAAAAAAUAAGACUAAUCAAAAAGAUAUCUUACAUGUUCUGCGAUUAUUUUUCAAGAAACAAGAAACUAUGCAAUACUUUAAUUCAAUAAUUUUCAGAAUACUUUAAUAUUAAACUUUCAUGAAUAGCUUUUAAAAUACACAACACAAAAUGUUCAGUUUUAUAUUCUAUGCAUUUGGAUAUUUUUACUAUCUUUCAGUGUUUUUAUAUAUUAAGGAUUGAUAUGUACCAUGAUACUUUCAAAAAUUGCAAUUAAAUGCUGGAUUUUUUCAAUUGUUAUCUCUAGUCAUUAUGGAAUGAAGAGAAAAUUAAACUACUUUUAAAGAUUUUUUUAUUUAUAAAUAUCAUAAUAUGGUACUCAUACUAAUGCUAGGCCAUAUCCACUCUAUCAAAUGAUAUUAAGCUUCUGCAACUUUUAGAUGUGUGAAUAUAUUAAGAACUGAAAAAUGUGAUUUUAGAGCUGAUUUAUUUGUCAAACCUUAUAACAACAAAAUGCAAAUUUUAUAUCGAUCAUUUUAACAUUAUUCUCUGUAUGCAUUUAAAAUUGUAUUUUUAUCAU